CGCAACUCUCUGCAAUGCACUCACUGGUUCCAACAUGACACUCCACUGGACUUGAGCAACGAGGAUUUCCGUCUUUGCGCACACACUCAAGUAACGUUCGUUUGGAGUUUGCAGAGCUUAAGAGAACUCGAGAAAAGUUUGUCAAAGUUUGCUCCCAAAAUGCCACGCUCGUUCCUGGUGAAGAAGCACAUCAACUCUGCAAAGAAGCCAAACUACAGCGAGCUGGAGAGUCCAACAGUGCUCAUCAUGCCGCAUUUCUACAAGGGCCUCCCGCUGCCUGUCAUCCCCCAGCCGGAGUUCCUGAGCCCAGCCGCGUACAGCCCCAUCACGGUGUGGACCACCAGCAGCCUGCCGCUCUCCCCGCUCCCCAGCGACCUCUCCCCGCUUUCCGGAUACCCUUCCUCGCUCUCGUCUUCGUCCUCCACUUCUUCGAAGGACCACAGCGGAUCGGAAAGCCCGAGGAGCGACGAGGAGGAGCCGCUGCUGCUCUCCAAGCUGACGGAGGGCGCGCAGGACGCGGACAAGUUCCAGUGCGCCCAGUGCACCAAGUCUUACUCCACCUACUCCGGACUGCUCAAGCACAAGCAACUGCACUGCGACGCCCAAAUGAGGAAAUCCUUCACUUGUAAAUACUGCGAGAAGGAAUACGUGAGCUUGGGAGCUCUCAAGAUGCACAUCAGGACUCACACUUUGCCUUGCGUGUGCAAAAUAUGUGGCAAAGCCUUCUCCAGACCUUGGUUGCUGCAGGGACACAUCAGAACGCACACUGGAGAGAAGCCCUUCUCGUGUCCUCACUGCAACAGAGCGUUUGCAGACAGGUCCAACCUCAGGGCUCACUUACAGACCCACUCGGAUGUGAAAAAGUACCAAUGCAAGAACUGCUCCAAAACCUUCUCCCGGAUGUCCCUUCUGCACAAGCAUGAGGAAUCUGGUUGUUGUGUAGCACACUGAACACAGCGGAUACUCUUUCCACUAGAAGACUUUUUUUCCUUCGUUUUUUGAAGCCUGGGAGUCUUGUCAGGGGAAUCGCAUCCUGCUUUGGGGGUUGACAACGUGUGGUCCAUUUCAUUUUGCAAGCAGUUUUUGUACUCACCUACCUGUGCUUUUCAUGCACUUUUUGCAUGUCUACAAUCUUUCAUACGCCUUCACUUUGCUCUGACAGAUCAAAUCGAAAUAGCCAAGGGAAUACUGAAGCCAUUGUUACUUAGGGAACAAGUGUUGUUUUUCAUAUUACGAGGGGGCUACAAUUUGCACAAUCAUUACAAGAGAGAUUACCAGCGCUCGCAAGGGGAUCUGCUUCCUCUCUUAAAGUGCCUCAGUUUUUACUCAGCAAUAAUAUGUAUGUUUGCUUUUUUAUAUUUUUAUAUUAUAUUGAAUGUAAGCGUGACUGCGAUGAUUGUAUAUUUACAUUUGUUUUUUUUAUUAUGAAUGCAGGAUGGUUUUCAUACUCUCAUGACACUUUGGCAAAUAAAGUCUCAUGGCAUUUUGUAGGAACUCUAAGCAUAUUCUUCUUCUGUUGGACACUUUUUUACGUAUACAAAGGGUAAAAUGAUAUUUGAAGGUGGUGGAAAAGACAAAAGGGUUGUGACUCAGCUCCAAAAUCAAGCCUGUGCCCGUUCCCGGGGCCCAGCAGACAUCAAACUGUGUUGAAAUGUAACACAUACAAGCUAUAUUGAUCUGCACUCACUUGUUAUACCCUUUGAGAGCCCACCUCUUCUUCCUUAGCCUGUGGAGUGUGUGUGCACAGGUUAAACGUGACAGUGGAACCUCCAAAGCCCAACAAGAUCCGUUCCUGUGGUUGACUUCCAAGUUGGUCGAUAAGUGCAAAACAGGAAAGAGCAUAAAGCGAAUUCAUCUGUUCCAGUGUCAAACUGUUGCCAUCAUAAAACGUGUUGUACAACAAUGUUUUAAGUAACAAGUGUCAAAAGACGAUAACAAAAUAAAUUGACCCUGACCCUUUGAAGAUGUCUGACAGACAUGUUG